AUGGCGGAUCCGGGUGACCAGGCCCUGGAUCCCCAGCAGCUGUACUCUAAGGAAUACUGCAUCGGAGGUGGAAGCUUUGGAAAAGUCUACAAAGGCAACCGCCGCCAUUCCACACACCAUGCCGAGCCCCAGCGCAUCAACGAGGACAUGUGGGACUUUGGCACCGUCAAGCUCGUGGGCGACAAGGGCGGCAUCGUCAACCGUCCCGUCGGCCUCAACCCCAUGGACGACAAUGCUACAAACGCCAGGGCGAACCGUCCACCCCCUCUGAUGGCAGCCUCCACAGAAUGGAACCUGGACGACGACGACGAUUACAGCGGUACGGCGCGCGCCCCCAGCCCCACCAAGGCGAGGGACUUUGCGCCCCUGCAGCCGAACGACACCCUCAAGGCCGCCUCGGGCACAUCACGACCUACGAGCCCCCAGCGCAAGCCCGUGGGCCAGCAGCCCGCGGUCGCUGCCGUCGCCACCGGGGCCAGCGCUGGCGUCUUCACCGGAUCGCCGUCCAAGGUGCCGCUACCGUCGAGUCCGUCCCAUCGCGUCCAGACGCAUGCGCAGUCGCGGAACUACAUGGUCAACCCAGACACACCCAGACAGUCGAGGAACCCGUUGCCGGCACCUCCCCGCCAAUCGCCCGACUACGACCGGGAGCUCCAGGCUCAGUUGCAGCGUGAUAUGGGAGGCUUGAACCUCAACCUCGACCUCGACCUCGGCCUGGCCCGGCAGCAGCAGGACAGGUCGUCGACAUCGUCACAGGAUCCCGACGAUUUCUGGGCGUCUGACGACAAGGCAUCGCUACCGAUACCGCCAGCGCAGCGUCAAGAACCGCUGACGACGACACGGCCUGCCGCCAACUCGAGAGUACCGUCCAUGACGAUCCCUGAGAUCCCCCCCUUCCGAGGAGGCGCAGUCCAUCAGCAGCAGCAGCAGCAGCAGCAGCGCUUACCUUCGCAGCCGGGCGUACCCAUCGCGACACAGCGUAUGCCCGCCCCGCCAGGAAUAUCAGGGCAGAAGCCGCUCCCCACGGCCGAGCUGUCCUCAUCCCCCGCCGCCGCAUCGGCGUCGGCAGCACCGACAUCAUUCCCCACGCCGGCACCGGCCAACCCGAACGGCGAGCUAGACGCCCUCAACGACGUCAUAUUCCCGGCGCUGGAGGAAGCGCUCAAAAGACGACAGAUUCGCGUGCAGCAGGUCUACGGUGGUGUCAACGGCAGGUCGACGUCGCAGAUGACGGCGGAUCAGCAAAAGGCCGAGGCGGCGCACGAGAAGCUGCGGAAGCUGGUGUUCAAACUGGCCCACGUGGCCAAGGAGAUUGACCACUACGACAAGGCGGAGCCGGUUGGCAUGGGUCGGGAUGAGGACGUCUCGAGUGAUUUGAGCUGCAAUGCCUUUGAUGAAUUAUAA